AUGACAGACGAACCAUAUUUCGGGAUGAAUCACGGAAACGAAAUGCACUUAGCUGAAUAUGCACAAGGAACCAAACACGGAGUAGAGGUCGCCAUAUUUAGAGGAAAGGUUUUAGCGGCAUUUAUCGCAGAUAAUGGUCCAACCAACGUUCCACAGUUUUUUGAGACAUCAUCGUGUAUGCCGUCAUGUUUGCCCCCUGAUAAGCAACGGCAGCUGAUAACAGCAACGUACCAAUGUCUUAGCACGGUUGGCCACACUGACGGCGUAUUCAACGUAGAGUUCAAAAUGACUCCUUCGGGUCCAAAAUUGAUUGAGAUCAACGGACGAAUAGGUGGCUGGUUUUACAGGAACUGGGUUCGCACCGUCUUCGAAACGGAUCUUCUCUUCCUAAAUUUCCUGAUCGCGUGCGGAAUUCAACCAAACGUCAAACCGUUGGAGCCAUCUUGCCAACUCAUGGGGAUUGUUUGCACGCCAAAAGACCACGCCAAGGCGCUGUCACGGCCGGGUAUGGUUACGCCAGAGAUCCUUGCCGAGGCUCACGGGCGAGGGGAGAUAAUGUACUACGAAAUUGAACCAACAAUGGAGGGGAAGCUAGAUUACGAGUCUGGAUGUUGUCAGAUAGCUAUAAAGGGGAAAUCUAUAAGCGAGGCGAAAAGAAGGCUUUUGGCUGUAUGCAGAAAAUACGGCGUCGACAACCCAGAGUCCCCGGUGAAGCAUGUUCUUUCUACGUUCGUGGAGCCGCCUGCGUUUAUGCAAAAAGACUAUGAGUAG